AGAUUUAUAAUAGUAUUAGUAUUAUGUAGUCGAUAUAAGCAGAUCAUGUAUACAAUGUAUGUGCCAAACCGAUUAACAUCCAUGGAUUAUGAAAAUUAAUACCUUGUUUACAUAUUGUUUUUGUAAUUAAAAAUGGCCAUUAUCUUGUUUUGAGACGAUAUAAUACCAUUUCGGAUUGUACUGCUAUCCUUAAUCUUUGAUCUUCUCCGUGCGUUUUAAACGUUUGUAUACCAAAUAUAGAAAUUGAACUAAAAUAGUGAAAUAUAAUUGACUGACUUUUAAAUGACUGUAUACAUGAUCUAAGCAUGGUUAUUUAAAUGAAAGAAACGGAAGUCUAUCUGCAAUAUCUUGAAGUUUACGAAAAGAAAUAAAAAGAGAGAAUAUAAAUUGUACUGAAAAUAUAUAUACGCGGAAGAGCAGUUAACAACUAGAAGUUGAUAAAUCUUGUUCAAAGUUUGCGGUUACACUAUAUUAAAUGGAUUAAUUAGCUUAGUUUAAGACAACGUGGUUGGUAUACCUAUAUAUCGUUACAUUCAGACAGAGAUAGUUCAGGGAUUGAAUUCAAGACGGGGUUCACACAAACCGGCACCAUUGAGACUCCCGAGCAACUGAAGCAGUAUAAAGGCAAACUUUCAGAUGAACAGUUUGCCGCACUUCUUAAGGCUUAUAGAAAAGCAUUCCUGGAGCAUGCCGGGAAGGGUGAAAAUGGGAUUCGUGGAUUGAUGACCCCUCGAGAUAGCUCUCCAGGUGGAAGUAGCUUUGCAAGUCCAUUAUCAUUUAUCCAGCCUCGACACAGGAAUAAGUCAACUUAUGUACAGAGAUACAAAGUUCUUCGGGAAAGAAAUAAAAGUCUCCCGAAAUUGGAUUUUAAUGCAAAAGCGUCUGGGAUGCCAAAGAAAUUUCAAGGACCUGGCUCGUUUAGUCGAUCAUACACAUAUGACUCUAUGAAGCUACCAUCAAUUUCCACGUGCAGUAUUGUGACAGGAAUGUCCGGCAAGACAGUUCACUCAGAUGGUUACCGGCGAGUAGAUUUAACAGACAAGAAAAACUUACAGGUCGCUUUUCAUUUUGAGAGUUGGAAAUACAGUCCACCGAAACACCCGAAGGAUCAGCAUAGUUCAUCGUACACUGACCUAAAUACAAGACAAGACUAUCGAGAUCUUACCGCCACAAUGUCCAAGUCCCUCCAGAAUCUCGCCUCUGAAGAAAGUAGCCAAAAACAAGAAAACAUUAAAACAAAAGCUGACAACAGUCAGAAAUACGAGAGCAUUUCCUACAAGAAACAUCUUCUUAAAAGGCACAAAACGAAUGACGCUUCUACUUCAGACACAAAUAAACGCAGUAAAGGAGCACCUGCAAAAUUUAAAUUAGAAAAGGAUAGUAUGAAAGAAUUGGUUGAAAAAGAGUUUGUGUUUGUGAAGAACAAUACAAGAAUGUCUCCGUUAAUAUCAGAUAAACAAGAGAAAACCCAAGAUUCGGUCAAGAAAAACACUAAAAAAUUUGGUUGCAACUUGACCAACCAAUCUCCACCUCUCACAGAUGACGUCACAAACCGUUCUGACACCGCCACUGUAACAACCACAGAUGAUGUCACAAUUCACUCGGCGUUCACUCACACGUCGUAUAAAUCUAACUCUACUAACCAUCAAUACCCUAUUAACAUGUCUGCACCACUUACGAACCUAACAAUUUAAAAUUAUUAGUAACAUUUUUGACAUUUCUUACAAGUACAGACAUUUUCAAAGCAUUAGAUCUACAGAAAACGCGUCAUUGAUAAUUUUACAAAAAGCCUCCAACAUAUCAGUGAAAGGAAAUCAUUGAAUAUAGAAAUACGCAUGGGUCUUACUGUACGUUGUAAGGAAUGCAACUGUCUACAUAAGCAAAUUAAUAACAAUGUUGUAUAGUAAUUUAACUUAAUUUUGUUAUCUUUUAACAUAAAACAGGACGAUAUUAACAAAGUAGAUUUCCAACAGCUUAACAUUUUGUUUCAACAAAGUCUUUUACUAUAUUCACGAUACAAACAUAAGAAGUUUCCUCCAUUAUAGAUUAAUUUUUCGAUAUUUCUAUUAUAUACAUUUUGUAAAAUGUAUCGAAAUUUUCAAGAACAUAUGUGGUAUUGUUUCGAAUAAUAAUGCUCUUUCCCUGUGAGAGGAUUAUAAUGGCUUGACAUAAACAUGAGCGCGGUGAUUUCUGAUAAAUAUUAUUUACUUUGCCUUGUAAUUACCAUUCAUGGUAGGAAAGCUACCCCUUAAGUUUGCUUGCAAGUUGGGAUUUCGUAUAAAUGUUUGAAUUACAAUUUAACCUGAUUCAAUAGGAAUUUCGUCAGUAACUUGCAUAGGUUUCGGUGAAGUUUUAUACAUACAUGUAUAACUUGCAUUUUUUGAUCAAAUAAGAGGUAGAGACACUAGGAAUAAUCAGCGAUAUAUAAUGGCAUACAAGGGCCAGUAACUACUUUUUAAUAUCACUAAAUAAACAGAGAAGUCCCGGUGUUCUUGUUGAUAAAAUACGCUCAUGAGAAGCCGUACAUAAAAAUGAUGUAAAUACAUGUAUUUAUUAAAAUAAAUGUGGUUAAUGCUUCAUCAUAACAUCAUAAUUAAGUUAUUUUAUACCAUUGUUUCAUAUUCAUUAAUCAUUACAAAGGACAUCAUACAAGGUCUAUUAUUGCUGAUCAUUUCUUAUCAUUAGUCAUUUAUCAAGUGCUACAAUUAUUAUAUCUAUGUAUGUUAUAUUGUUAACUUCUUUAGUUCAAUAAAUUAUU